CCGGUGCCUCUGCCUCCAGGCCGCUCUUCGGUUCGGAUCCUGCGGAUGGUUUUGGCUGUGUCUUCAUGUAGGACCUACCGUCUGCCCCGCCGGCCGCGGCUGGGCUUCAUCAUCAGGCCUCCUCACCAGCUGCUGUCCCUUCUUUUGUGUCCUGGACUCCGGAUCCCUCGACCGUCAGUACUUUGUGCACAGCCCAGGCCCAGAGCCAUGGCCAUCUUCUCUUCUUCCUGGGAACUACCGCUGGUGGCUGUGUGCCAGGUAACCUCAACCCCAGACAAGCAGCAGAACUUCAAAACAUGCGCAGAGCUUGUUCGAGAGGCUGCCAGACUGGGUGCUUGCCUGGCUUUCCUGCCGGAGGCAUUUGACUUCGUUGCGAGGGACCCUGCAGAGACGCUCCGCCUGUCUGAGCCACUGGGUGGGAACCUUUUAGGAGGAUAUACCCAGCUUGCCAGGGAAUGUGGACUCUGGCUGUCCUUGGGUGGUUUCCACGAGCGAGGCCAGGACUGGGAACAGACUCAGAAAAUCUACAAUUGCCAUGUGCUUCUGGACAACAAGGGGUCAGUAGUGGCCACUUACAGGAAGACCCAUCUGUGUGACGUGGAGAUUCCAGGGCAGGGGCCUAUGCGUGAGAGCAACUCUACCAUUCCGGGGCCCAGUCUUGAGUCUCCUGUCAGCACACCAGCAGGCAAGAUUGGUCUAGCGAUCUGCUACGACAUGCGCUUUCCUGAACUCUCUCUGGCAUUGGCUCAGGCCGGAGCAGAAAUACUUACCUACCCUUCAGCUUUCGGAUCUGUUACGGGCCCAGCCCACUGGGAGGUGUUGCUGCGGGCCCGUGCCAUUGAAACCCAGUGCUACGUCGUGGCAGCAGCACAGUGUGGACGCCACCACGAGAAGAGAGCAAGUUAUGGCCACAGCAUGGUGGUGGAUCCCUGGGGGACAGUGGUGGCCCGCUGCUCUGAAGGACCAGGCCUCUGCCUUGCCCGAAUCGACCUCAGUUAUCUGCGACAGCUGCGCCAACAGCUGCCUGUGUUCCAGCACCGCAGGCCUGACCUCUAUGGCAGUCUGGGCCACCCACGGUCUCAAGACUGACUUCUGUGAGCUGACACUCCCAUCGUGAGCUGGCGUUGCCGUGACUUGAUGGCAGGACCCAGGCGCGGCUCCCCUCACUUGGAGAAGCUCAGACUGCCUUGGCGGAACACAGGCUCAGCUUCUCGAGAAAGAAGAAACUUUCGCCUGAGCUCCCAUUUCAGUGUCAGAAAGGUGGAAUUUUCUACAGUCUCUGUUUAUUUCAUGAAAACUGAAGUUAUGCGGAGGGCUGAGCAGCACUGGCAUUGAAAAAAAUAGAAUCAUCAGAAAGUC